AUGCGUGUUCCGUACUUGCUGGUGCCCGACCUGGACAGACGGACCGCGCUUGGGCUCGGAGCUCUGCUCCGGCUCGUCCGCAGGGGCGAGCUUAGCUAUCGAGCUUUCGACCAGCUUUCCGAGGAAGAAGAGGAUGUCCAGAACGGUCAGCCUACCUGCAAGGAACCUGGGGAGGGGGAGCUGAAGCUACAGCGCCGCCUUGAUCGCCAUGUCACGGGGCUGGCCAUGUCCUUGCCCGGUUAUGACCUGGAGGAAGGUCCGCCUGUGAAGUACAUCUCUGUCCACCACACUGGGCGCUUCGCCUUCGCUGAGAUCCACGGUUCGCAG